GUUGUUGUUGUCGAUUGUCAUUCACUUCACACGUGAUGUCAAUUGUUUUGUCAAAAGUUUGUGGACAUCAAAGACAUCAAAGAUAUGAUGCGAUUAAAUAUUUAAACAAUUAUUAUAUAUUUAUAAACGUGUCGUUAAUUUAAUCAAAUGAUAUAUUUAUUGUUAGAUUUUGUUAUUAAUUUGUUGAAUAUAUUUUGAUUUUGUGAUUUGAAAUUUAAAUUAUUUAUUAAUUUAUUAAUAAUUAAUUGUGGGAUCAAUUGAAGUAUGAGUUUCGAUGUAACAAACAUCGACCGACUGGAGGGCAGUGAUGAAGUAAAAGGAGGUCUUAUUAUUAAGAAGAAGACACCCAAUAAUAACGAUGAGUUUGUCUUCAAAAAACCCGGCGUUUCAUUACUUGGUUUGGAUAAGUUGGCCAAAGAAAAGAAAGCAUUAAAUGAUGAAUUAAAAGCUAAAGACAGAAACAGAGACAGUGGUGAUAGAGACAGACUAAGUGAUCGAAGAGAUGAUAGAAGUGAACGAAGAGAUGAUAGAAGUGAUCGAAGAGAUGAUAGAAGUGAUCGAAGAGUUGACAGAAACGAUAGAAGAGACAGAAGUGAUAGAGAAAGGCAUAAAUCUGGUGAUAACUAUAGAGAUCGACAUUUGAGAAGACAUAGAGUAGAGACACCAUCACAUUCGGGUGGUGUAAGUGAUGAAUAUUUGCAAAGAAAAAGGAGACGAGAAGAGAGAGAUGAUCGAUACCGACAGUCGACUGUAAAGAAAACUGAAACCGGUUUAACCAGAAAGUGGAUGCCAUCACAGCGUAUACCAACGCCAUCCCAUUCCAGUUGGGAUGAAGACGAUUGGGAUAAAAGGUCUCAAAAAAGUGAAAGAGCUUUUACUCCUGAUGUGAGAUCAACUGGUGAUUUGCGAAACUCCUGGGAAUUAACACCUCAAAGAACUCCUGCUUACGCUACACCUAAACCUACUCCUACUCAUUGGGGAUAUCAGCGUAAGAAUACUGAUCGACCCGAAAGUGAAGAUCCAUUUGAGUGGGAGGAUAGUGAAGAAGAAGGCCGACGAGUGGACAGAGAGUGGUAUGACGAGGAAUGCGACCAAAAUCCGUUCGGAGAGAUGUCUGAAGAAUUUAUACAGCGAAGAGAAGAGGCACUGAAAAAGAAUAAAUCGGUUCAACGUAUUAGUGCACAACAAAGACAGAUCAAUAAAGAUAAUGAAAAGUGGGAAACAAAUAGACUUUUGUUGUCGGGUGUUGUCGUUCGUGUCAAUGAAAAUUUUGAUGAAGACGAAGACGUUAAUGAGGCCAGAGUUCAUCUUAUGGUUCAUAAUAUAGUGCCACCAUUUCUUGACGGACGCAUAGUAUUUACUAAACAACCGGAACCAAUAAUUCCGGUCAAAGACUCCACUUCUGACUUUGCUAUUUUGUCCCGAAAGGGCUCCGCUUUAGUCAGAUAUCACCGUGAAAUGAAAGAACGAAAGAAAGCCCAGAAAAAAGAGUGGGAGUUAUCGGGUACUCGUUUGGGUGAUAUUAUGGGUGUUGAGAAACCUAAAGAUGAAACGGAUAAUAACGUCGAAAAAAGUGAUGACUAUAAAGCAGAGCAUCGUUUCAAAGAUCAUAUCAAUGAAAAUGAUAAGCUUUCGGAUAGAAUUAAAAUUAAAAAACAGAGAGAGUUUUUACCGGCGUUUGCCGUUAGAAAUGAUUUGUUGAAUGUUAUACGAGAUAACAAUAUAGUUAUUGUGGUCGGAGAGACCGGUUCGGGAAAAACAACUCAAUUGACACAGUAUUUACAUGAAGAGGGAUAUACCAAAUACGGAAUGAUUGGAUGCACUCAACCCAGACGUGUAGCCGCUAUGUCUGUUGCUAAACGAGUUGCUGAUGAAAUGGGUAUUAAAUUAGGAGAAGAAGUCGGAUAUGCAAUACGUUUUGAAGAUUGCACUUCAAAUAAGACUAUCAUUAAGUAUAUGACUGAUGGUAUACUUCUUCGAGAGUCACUAUCGGAGCCAGAUUUAGACAAUUAUAGCGCUAUAAUCAUGGAUGAGGCGCACGAACGCAGUCUCGACACAGAUGUCUUGUUUGGUAUUUUACGUAAUGUUGUCAGCAGACGAACUGAUCUCAAGCUUAUAGUUACGUCGGCAACAAUGGAUUCCUCAAAGUUUGCUAUGUUUUUUGGUAACGUUCCUGUCUUUAUAAUACCCGGCCGAACAUUUCCCGUUCAGAUAUAUUUUUCUAAGAAUGUAGUCGAAGACUAUGUUGAUGCAGCUGUUAAACAAACCAUUCAAAUACAUUUGGGAGGACUUACGGGAGAUAUACUUGUUUUUAUGCCGGGACAAGAAGAUAUCGAAGUGACGUGUGAAGUGAUUACCGAACGACUAAAGACAUUAUCAGAAACAUCGCAAACUGAGACACCAGAGUUGGCAAUACUUCCUAUUUAUUCACAAUUGCCAUCAGAUCUUCAGGCAAAGAUAUUUCAAAAAUCAGAAAAUGAUAUCCGGAAGUGUAUUGUAGCUACAAAUAUAGCCGAGACAUCACUGACCGUAGAUGGCAUAAUGUUUGUGGUUGACAGUGGAUAUUGUAAACUUAAAGUAUAUAAUCCACGCAUUGGUAUGGAUGCACUUCAAGUGUAUCCAAUAAGUCAAGCCAACGCAAAUCAACGAAGUGGUCGCGCCGGUCGAACCGGUCCCGGAUGUUGUUAUCGAUUAUAUACUGAAUCUCAAUACAAAAGAGAAAUGCUCGCCAAUACUGUUCCAGAAAUACAACGAACCAAUUUAGCCAAUGUUGUACUUCUAUUAAAAUCACAUGGAGUUCAAGACUUAUUGCAAUUUCAUUUUAUGGAUCCCCCACCUGAAGACAAUAUGUUGAAUUCAAUGUAUCAGUUAUGGAUAUUAGGCGCACUCGACAAUGUCGGACAAUUGACAUCAUUGGGACGGAAUAUGGUUGAGUUUCCAUUGGAUCCAGCGAUGAGUAAAAUGCUUUUGGUUUCCACAGAAAUGAAAUGUUCGGCUGAAGUAUUGAUAAUAGUGUCGAUGCUAUCGGUUCCGACUAUUUUCUUUCGACCCAAAGGCCGGGAAGAGGAGAGUGAUUUGGUUCGCGAGAAGUUUCAGGUGCCAGAGUCGGACCACUUGACACUAUUAAAUGUUUAUCUUCAAUGGCAACAACACAAGUUCUCAACCCAUUGGUGUCUACAACACUUUCUUCACGCUAAAGCUCUGAGAAAAGUGCGUGAAGUGAGACAACAGCUAAAAGAGAUAAUGGAGUCACAGAAGUUGCCGAUCAUAUCGUGUGGUACUGAAUGGGAUUGUGUUCGCAAAUGUAUUUGUUCGGCAUAUUUCCAUCAGGGGGCCAGACUUAAAGGCAUCGGUGAAUAUGUUAAUUGUCGCACUGGUAUGCCAUGUCAUUUACAUCCAACAUCGUCUCUUUACGGUAUGGGUUAUACACCCGACUAUGUAGUCUAUCAUGAAUUGGUUAUGACUACUAAAGAGUACAUGCAAUGUGUGACAGCAGUAGAGGGCCAGUGGAUGGCAGAGUUGGGUCCAAUGUUUUACUCUAUUAAAGAAUCGUCUAAAUCACAGACUGAACGUAAACAACAACAGAGAGACCAUCAAAAGGAAAUGGAGUACGAAAUGACUUUAGCACAGCAACAGAUCCAGAGAAGGAAACAAGAAUCAGAAGCCCAGACAACUCUCAUCAAAUCAACACCAAUUGUAACGCCAGGAUUAAGACGACCCAAUACACCGGUCACUCCUCGACGAACACCAUCGAGAUUUGGACUUUAGUUUAUUAUAAUUAAAUUAUUAGUUAUUGAUUAUAAU